GCCUCGGCGCAUCUCCUCCAGUCAGCACCAGCUCCCGUCCACACCGCUCCCAGAGUCAUGAAGCUGUUCGUUGUUGCCGCUGUGCUGGCGCUGGCUGCGGCCGCGCCCCAGGACCAGCCCGAGGUGCGGGUGCUCUCCGAGAAGUUUGAGCAGGAUGAGCAGGGCAGCUACCAGUACGCUUAUGAACUCGACAAUGGACAGAAGGUGGACGAGUCGGGCCAGGUGAUCCCCGGCUCCGAGCCCGAGACCGGCUCCCUCAGCGUGCAGGGAUCCUACUCUUUCGUCGGCGACGACGGCAACACCUACACCGUGACGUACACGGCCGACGAGGGCGGCUUCAAGCCGGAGGGUGCGCACCUGCCUGUUGGACCCGCCCAGAUCCCCGAGUAUGCGCAGCUGCGCCAGGAGCACCCCGAGCUCUUCUGGGCCGAGAACCAGCAGUCAUGAGCACCGAUACGGGUGCUCUGCACCGCACGCUCUCUAUCCUCGCGUCUGUGUUUAGGUGACCAGUCGACUACUACCGUGCUGACCGUGAUGUCUCGGUUCCACUCUGUGUUUGCGUCUUAGGGCGCGUUCGUUGUUGUGUGAUACUGCAAUGUGCAUCGCAUCUGUUAUCUCUGUUUCAAAUACACGUAUUGAUUCGCAG